AUGCAUUCGCUUCGAACCAUCGUCGCCGGUGCGGCUCUCGCACUGGCCGGCGUCGCCUCUGCCACUCACAUUGAGUUCCCUCCUUGCCUGGACCCCUUCCAGCCUUUUGUCUACUCUGGUUGCUACACGGAUGGUGUUCAAGACAGCUCUGCCGCCGCCCUCAUCUACCGCUCCAGCCAGAACCAGUACAACAUGACUGUCGAGAAGUGUGUCUCCGAGUGCAAGGGCAAUGGUUUCCGCUACGCCGGUCUCAAGUACUGGGGUGUCUGCUACUGCGGCUCUACCGUCAGCGGUACCCAGCUCACCGAGGACCAGUGCGACCUCCCCUGCAGUGGCAACAGCACUCAGACUUGCGGCGGUGACUCUGAGCUCUCCAUCUGGCAAGACCCUACCUUCAAGACUACUACCAUCCUCGGCGGCGCUCUCAAGACCAUCGCUGACUACCAGCCCCUCGGUUGCUACACUGACAACUCCCCCAAGGGCCGCGCCCUGACCUGGGGUAUGAGCAUGGAUGGCUCUACCAUGACUGUCACCAAGUGCCUCAACGCCUGCUCUGACCAGGGCUUCCCCCUGGCUGGUAUCGAGUACGGUGGCGAGUGCUACUGCGGCAACGUUCUGGCCAACGACACCGCCAAGGCUGACCCUGCGGACUGCAGCAUGCCUUGUAACGGUGACAGUACCUUCAAGUGUGGUGGUCCCAGCCGUCUGAGCGUCUUUGUCUCUACCGACCUUCAGUCUCUUCAGCCUUGUGGUUGGCAGCCCGGCCAGUCUUCUUCUUCUUCUUCUUCCUCCUCUUCCUCCAGUGCUGCUGCUGCCUCCAGCUCAUCCUCCAGCUCGUCUUCCAGCUCGUCUUCCAGCUCAUCCUCCAGCUCGUCUUCCAGCUCGUCCUCCAGCUCGUCCUCCAGUUCAAGCGCUGCAGCUGCCAGCACUAGUUCCUCGAGCACUUCGACCUUGAGCACAAGCACCAGCACUACUGCCCCUGUUCAGGUGUCUACCAACCCCUCUCGGGUCACCACCUCGUCCUCUUCCUCUUGCACCACCCUUGGCCCUAUGUGCACUGCCACCGUUGUCGUCCCCAACGACUGCGAGUACAAGGUUGGCAGCUGGUGUGCCCCUUCAGUCCCUGAUUUCCAGGACCAGGACAGCUGCCAGACCGCCUACAACACCUGCGCGAAGAACAUCGCCUCUUGCUUCCAGAAGGCUUCUUGGCCCAACGUUCUCGACUGCUUCAACUUCUCCAAGUGGUGCGACGGUGUCCAGGGAUUCUGUGCCUCAACCUGCUCCCGUGGCCGUAGCUGCAACAAGAGCGGCUGCAUGAAGCAGAACCAGCCUGUCGGUGGUAACCCUGUCAAGACUACCACCUCUGUCUUCCCUUGUGCUGCCACCACCACUAGCAGCACUGUCCCUCCUGCUUCUUCCACCUCUUGUGCUCCUCAGCCUACCAACAUCUGCCAGCAGCCCUCUUCCCGCUCUUACGGUUAUGGUCCUGGUAACCCCGUUGCUGGCAUUGAGCUUCCCCUCGUCGGCUGCAACGAUCUGAAGGAUGACUUCACCCAGAAGCCCUUCAAGCUCUACACCGAUGACGACUCCCGCUCGUGCAAGUCUUACCAGCGCAACCAGCAGAACAACGCCUGCGCCGACGCCUGCAAGACCCAGUACGACCAGUGCAACAACGUCUACGUGCAGAGCUGCAAGAAGCUCAACGGCGGCAACUACAAGCGUGGCCACUCCCACUUCCACCGCCGCGCUCUCGAGAAGUCUGGCAUCGAGCCCCGCUGGUUCAACAUCUUUGGCAACGACGGUUGGCAGUCUGCCCAGACCAAGUGCUACGUCCAGUACCAGGACUGUCUCGGCGAGAACGCCCAGGUCAACGCCGCCUCCCGCUGCCAGAAGUGGGGUACCGGUGCUUAA